UACCGCUCAGCGCAGGAAAGGGCAUUCACAAGCAGCGAAAUGUCAGACAACAGGCCAAGCACGGCGUCGUCACAGGACUCAUUGAUGACAACGCAUCCGGACGACGCUGGCGGAGACUUCGACAACAUCAACGUCGUGGUUAGAGUGAGACCCCUGACGCAGCAGGAAACCUCAAAGAGGGACCCGCAGGCCCUAAACUAUCCCGGAGAAGGACAAGUGCUUGUGGAGGAUCCGAAUUCGGGCCAGACGAAGCUCUUCACGUUCUCCGUGGUGUUUGAACCAGAGGCCAAUCAGGACGAUGUCUUCGAGCACUGCGGCAUCAAGCGGCUCAUCGAUAUGUCGCUCGACGGAUUUGCCAGUACCAUUAUGGCUUACGGGCAAACAGGAGCCGGAAAGACAUACACCCUCACUGGGCCACAGGCGACAAAAGGAGACGGUCAGCAACCAGGAAUUAUUCAGCUUGCCUUCGCGUAUCUCUUCAAUGAGAUUCAGCAAAGGAAAGGGGUCGAAUACAUCGUUCAGGCAUCUUAUCUUGAAGUGUACAGAGAGCAGGUGUUGGACUUGCUCAAUCCUUCGCCCAAGGCUCUCCCGGUGAGGUGGUCCAAAGACAAAGGUUUCUACGCCGAAAAUUUGUUUGUUGUUGAAUGCGAAGACCUGGGCGAUUUGGACGGAGUUCUUGAAGAAGGGAGAAAGAAUCGACAAGUUCGAAGUCACGAAAUGAACGAGCACUCCAGUCGAAGCCACACAAUACUUAGCAUCAGCUUGGCGUCGGAGAUACAAGACCCGGACGACCUCAACACGUACAUCCGUCGACAAGGGAAACUCAGCCUCGUUGAUCUGGCUGGCUCGGAGAAGACCAAAAAGACCAACAGCAAAGGAACGACGCUCACAGAAGCGAACAACAUCAAUAAGUCACUGCUCGUCUUGGGCAAUUGUAUCUCUAGUCUUGCUGAUCCGAGGAAAAGGUCAGGCCACAUACCAUACCGGGACAGCACGCUCACGAAGCUUCUGGCUGACAGUUUAGGCGGCAGUGGGAUGGCGCUUAUUAUUGCUUGUGUGUCACCCAGUGCAUCAAACUCGGCGGAGACUAUCAACACGCUAAGGUAUGCUUCAAGGGCGAAACGGGUGAAGACGAAACCUAUGGUGCGAAUGGAUCCACGGGAGUUGUUGAUACUCAGUCUACGUCGUGAAGUCAGGCUGCUCCGUAUGGAGAAUAGCUACCUGAGACAACAGAUGAUGAGCAAUGGAAGUGGACUGAAGCUCAACAGUGUCAUGCCCAUCGGAGCUGUUUCGCCCGGUGCGGACUCCGGAAUUGACCUUUCGAAAGAUGCUGCCACGGAGGAAGGGGAACAGAAGGACGAAAAAGCGUUGCUGCAGAAGUACAUGGUCGAGAACGAGACUUUGCGGGUUGAAAACGCCACAAUGCAUCAUAUGAGGGAGCUCCUCAUUAGAGACCACGAGGUUGUGUGCCGCGAAAAUGAGAAGCUACUUAGGAAACUUACUGAACUAGAAAGAAGCCAUGGACAGGUCAGCAGUGGCCGGGCCGUACACAAAGCCAGCCCCAGUCCAUCGGAAAGGAGAACGCCAACGCUGUCGAGAAGCGGCAGUACGAAGAAAGCAAAAUGUUCCAGCAAGGAGCCCGUCACAAGAGAGGAGAAAUGA